AUGGAUUUCUCCACCAACUCUUCAGGAGUUGGGACUAACAUCUACUCAGUCCCGUCCACUACCACUCAUCAAUUGCAAACGAACCAACAGUCCUCACCCAUGUUUAGCUCCUUUGACUAUCACCCCUCUACCACCGCACUUCCAGUCCCUCUUUCAGUCCCUACUAAUCCACUCGGACAGCACCCCAGUUUCAUGCAGGACAUUGCAUUCGCGAACAGAAGUGCCCGACUUAAUCCCUCAAGUCCAAUCGUCAAUAAUAGUAAUCAACAGGUGAAAGUUAUGACUAGGAGUUAUUUACCGAAUGGAAUAAAUGAGGGUUGUGGAAUGAAGUCGGCAGAUGAAGGAGGUGGAGGAGGAGAUAGAAUGACAACCCCAACCUCCCAAUUAGGAGCUGCUUUCGGAAAAAUUCUUAAUGGAAGCCCGUCUGCUGCCAAAAGGGAGAAAUGUUCAGACGAAACAACGAAUAACCCAAUUUUGCACAUGAAUUUCCAAGAAUUGACAGCUAUGCGGGCGGAGUCAAUGAAUUUCGCAGUGAGAGCACAGAAUUCUCAGCUGGAAUCGGCUACUUCUUGCCGUAAACGUCGCAGUAUGUCCCAAGAUCCCUACUCUUCGGACUUCUACCGAUCUGAGAGGAGUAUCUCACGUGGUGAAGAGUUGAUGGACACUGGCCAGCCACUGCCGCCACCACCUCCCGAUUUCUGUUUUACACAAGAACCCCUCUCCCAAAGACCCAUGUCAAUAUCUGGUGGUCCAGUCUCUUCGAAUUCUACAAGCUCCUCUCCGAAAAUUGAACGAAGUCCAAUUAAAUGUCCUCACAUUGAUCCCUCUGUGAUGCGAAGGAGUCCUCGAUUCACUCAAGCUCAAAUUCAUCAACAACAGCAACAACAUUAUGUGUCAUCCCAGAAGUACUUCUACGACCCCACUGGAAACCAGAAUCAAAUGGGAGCGAACACGUCCUCACGUGCCCCGAAUGCAGCUUGGGGUCAGAUGACAAGACAACAACAACUGGCCAUUGUCAACAAUCCCCGAUGGCGUCUACCUCACAAUAUGCCCCCUCAACCACCUCAACAAACAUCACCCCUAUCUUCUCAGGAGCAGUCUCUUUCAACGGUCCCGGUGAGAAAAGCCUCCUUGUGCGAUCCAAGACGUCCAUCUACCCACAGAGGACUUGGCAUGAAUGCUGCCGAACAGUCAUUAGACCAAUCUGAAGCACUCAUGAAACUGAGUCCCAGUAACUCUAGCUUCGAAACUAUGAUGGAAACAAUGCAAAAUGAAUUCGAUUUUUCAAUGUCAGGCAGAAUAACUGACACUUCAUCUGCUAAUCGACCGCACCAAGACACUCUUCCUCAAGACGCCUUUGGAAGCGAGACCAACGAUGAAGAAAUGACGUCAGGAAAUGGUGAUCAUGACAGUGAUAGCUCUCAAGGUUCAUUCCCAGGUGAAGGUCUCCCACCUGAGCAAUUUAAAUUCUUCGAUGAGCCCUUCAGCAACACCUGGAAAAGUGUGCAGCUGUCCCUCGUUCAACAACCUGAACUACAGCACAGAGCACGAUAUCUUACGGAGGGUAGUCGCGGACCUAUAAAGAACCGAAGUUACGACGGAUACCCGACGAUUCUGAUGCAGGGAUGGUCGGGUUCAGCGAUGUUGCACGUCUUUGUAGCAUCCGAGUCUGAUGAUCCAAAUCUACACCUCUUCUACCAAGUGUGUCUCGUAUCUACAAAGAGCAAUCGGGGAUGCUGUGAAAUUGUCUUUGGUUUCACUACAGUCGUUCAAAUGCCCUUCACACCCAAUACUAACAACCGAGUCAUGAGUGUCGACUCCGUUGGUUUAGUGAAGCUGCGUAAUUCUGAUGUUGAGCGUCGUUGUGCCGCUGUGGUGGAAGAGAGCAAACGAAAGAGAGAUCGGAAGCAAGAAGAGAAGAUAAGUUGUCGCUCCCGCAUGUCAUCGUCUCCAACUCAAGGCACGCCUGUUUCCUCUACUUCCGCCUCUAUCUGUGAGGAAGUGGGACGUAGAUCAUUGAAGCCUAAAUCCAGCUCCACAAGACUUGUUUACCGCGUGCUUCUUCUUUCACCAGAAAAUACUGUGGAAGGUGUUGUCCAGGUGGUUAGCGAUCCUAUACGCUGCACACAAAUUGUUGGAGGCCCGGAGAUAACUCGUAUGUCAAUUAAAAAGGGCGAUGCUCACAGUCGACCAGAACUCUUCAUAAUUGGCAAGAAUUUCGUUCGUGGAACACGUGUAAUCUUCAGACAAAUGGCCAACGACUCAAGCGAUGACGUGCGAUGGGAAAUGGAUGCUGAAAUCGAGGCUCCCUACUUCACACAAACACAUCUGGUUUGCAGAGUGCCUGAAUAUACCGGACCUUCUUUGCCUCUUACAGCACCACUUCGUGUUAAUGUUUGCAUUCAAACUCCAACUAGAGUUGGUCGACCGGAACAAUUCACCUACCUACCUACACUUUCUAUUCAAGGACCACCGAUAAUUAAAAAGAUAUCGCAGAGAGAGGUCUCACUGCAAGGUAUGGUGGAUAUGUUCGUGCUAGGCUCAAACUUCUCAUCCAAUUGUCGGGUAUUUAUUCGCCAAGUUACCGAGGUGGGUGGUGUUUUCGGGGCACCUGCUACUUACGCUGAGACACCAAGUGUGAUAUGGCAACGCGAAGCUCAGGUUAAAACGGAUGAACUAACUCAAGACUAUCUGGUAUGCCGAGUGCCCCCCUACGAUGGACAGUCGUUAGAAGCGCGAACUCCUUCCCUCCCGGUUCAAAUCAUCGUUGAAGGUCCAGGAGGCACCAGUGCUCCGGAAACCUUCUACUAUGUGCAAUGUCAGUUGACAGCCUAG